AUGCCUAUUCGACCUACCCCAGAUCCCAAGACCGAUGGCUUCAAGUUGACAUUUGGAAUCUCCGAGGAUAUCGCAAUUCCAUUUAAGGAUACAAAAGGCCUACAGACAGUGAUAAAGUCAUUUUUGCGAAGAGCUGAAAAGGCGCCGUCUGGAGAGAACAGUUAUGAAGCGAUAGAAGACCUCUCCAAUGGGAUCAAUAAGUGGAGAUCUACAGUCCAACUAGCUACAGUGACCAAUCUGGAUUUCCGGAGCGAUCUCGAACAUUGCCGCCUCUCUAAUGAAGCAGUAUUCCAACGUACCAUUCUUAUGUCUAUUAUAGAUCGUUGGCGCCUCGCAGAUAUGUUUGAUUACAAUUGUGAGGGUCAUUGGUCCCUUCAGGGCAAGCACUUCCCGUUGCCCUCAACACAGGGCCCAAAGGACAAAGUCACAGGACCAAAACCGGACCUUGCAAUCUUUUUCAACUUUGAAUCGUUGAUCGGAAGCGAUCCCCAGUCAAAUUCCGCUCCUAUUCCUCUUGAUCUGAAGGGCUGCUUACGUCCUGAUACGUCUUUCCAUCGCUGUUUCCCGUUUGUGUUUAUUGAGGCUAAGAAGGGAUUUCAUGAUCUCACCACUGCGCUUUAUGCCAAUAUGCAUAGCGCGAGUCAGGCACUUCUAAACAUCCAUGCGUGGAUGGAGCGAAUAGGCGACACGGACACUUUCUUUGAAGACGUCCGCCUUUUUUCAGUUGCUAUUAAUGCAGACACAGCCAUUGUCAGAACCCAUCGAGCCAAACCGCUGGAUGGAGAGGGCCUGGUGUACCUCUUUGACGAGCUUUGUGUACUCAAGGACUAUAGAAGAGAUGAUAUCUGCGUGCUGAUUCGCAACAUUCUGGUGAAGUAUGGGGCCACAACUUUACGUCAAAUACUGAAGGAUACGUUCGACCAAGUUUCGAGCCAGUAUCAGGAAGAGCUACAACAAGAUAACGAGCGUCUGAAGAGAAAGAAUGCUGUAGCCCGUGGUGCUAUCACCAAAAAGGCUCGCAUCACGCAGAGCACCGGCCGAAUCACAAGUCAGCCACCUAUGGAUCCAUCGAGUUCGUUUGGAGCAAGCCGUAUAUCACUCGGUGAUGAUUGA